AUGGGAAAAAAUUCCAAUCUCAUGUUUAGUUCCCUUGGUCGGUUGUUUGGGUCGGCAACUGUCAAAGGCGACGAAAUUGAACAAUAUUUCACUUUGCUUCUCACUAAUGGAAAAUUUCUGAAUGAAAGAAUUUACAAAAGUUUAUGGAAGACUUAUUGUGAAAAAGAUCGUAACGCGCCAUGUGCUACAAUGAUCAUAAAUAAUGAACUUAAGCUUAGAAAUAUUUUCUAA